AUGAUGUCACACUGGUGUCGCACCUGCCCCAACUGUGCUGCCAAAGCUAUGCCUAAGAAAACACCUCAAGCGGCCAUGGGCACGGUGCGGUGCCUGCACAGUGACCAGGGCGCAAACUUUGAGGUAGCUGUUUUCAAGGGGAUGUGUGAACUGCUGGGGAUAGACAAGACACGUGUCGGACGCUGCGGACUGAAGGACGAGGCCGGGAGGAGCGCCCUGCUGACGGGCUGCAUGCUGGGGAGGAGCGCCAUGGCCUGGAGUCUGCUCACACACGGAGCCCGGGUCAGUGAACGCACCAUCAGAGGUUACUCCCCCCUGCACCUGGCGGCUGGGUGGGGUCACCUGGAGAUGGUAAGGACUCUGCUGGAGUUUGGAGCUGAUACCAAGGCAGAGACCUUCAGGGGGGAACGGCCCCUGGACCUGGUAAGGAGAUACUCCUGGACCGACUGCGCUGACUGUCUCAGCCUGGCCGCCGAGAGUCUAGAGCACGAGAGUGCAGGAACUGCCAGGUAUCACCUCCUUUACCACCAUGAGAUGAACACAUAUGCACAUGUGUGCUCUGCCAAGUCAGACUGGAUUUAGAGCGUGGAACAUGCAACGUCAGACUUUAUGGCCCAAAGGAGAGAGCUACAGGACACGUUGCAGAGCGUUCUGCACAAGCUCUCAGCUCAGAGUGAGUAUUACUAUAAUAGUUGUAUUACUGCAGCAUAG